GAAUUGUUCAGGCGUUUGCUAAGAUUGACAAACGUCUCAUAGAAACUUGUGGUGGGUUCUCAAAAAAUCUCAAAGAUAAUGUGAGACCUGCUUGUGUUGGAUGUCUGAACGAGUUGCCAUUUGAAUCCUUAGUUUUCAUCCUACUGGAACCGUUCCAGUAAAUCCUCGUCUUGUGGAAUACAUCUGCAAGAGUACGUGACUUUGCGGAGUGGCCUCGUCCCAUUUUCGUCCCAUUUUCGUCCCAUUUGAAAGAUCCCUUAGAGUUGCUGGGAGUACUACAUCUUCCUUACUAUAUUCUCUCCCCCCACCUUGACCUGAAAUAGGCAUGGUGUCUGGUAGCUAGUUUUUUUCCAGGUGCUGGUCGUCAACUUGGCUGCGCAUGGUAUCGUACCAAACUGUGGAACCGUAGUGUGGUUAGUGGACUGAAAAUAAUUAUGAAUACCUAUCCCAUCCAAUCUCUCUCGAUCGUCGCCUUAAUUUCCGAGGACGAGGUGUCAUGGCUGACGACGACGUGAAGUUUAGCGAAUUGAAGUCCUUGAUUCUAUGUGUGAAUUUAGAAGCGUAGGUAGCAAAGGCAAACACGCUUUGCUUUAAUUAUAGAAACUAGAUCUGCAUCUGUCAGCGGAUGGUGUGCCCCUGAAAGUCUAAAGGGUAUGGCCCUUUCACAAGAUCUACAGAGAUGUCUGAUGUGUGAGUCUAAGAUGUUCAUGAAUCGUGUGGCCGUUGCCCUCACGGUGCACGGAGAUAACUUUUCUAUCGGCAUGUGCCGAUUGUUUGCAAUAGAGUUUUGCGAGAGCAAGUGUUCCAGGCUGAGAUCCGUGAUUUUGUCGACGUACUUUUCGAUCAGAAAACAGACAGGUACGCGUUUGUGACGAAGUUCGCCCCUUCAGUGAUGUUGAGAAGAAAGAGAGUUGGUCGAGAUUAGUUCACGCAGAGUGUUGCAUGUGAGAACCGGUAAAGCAGGAGUGAUGGUGAGCAAGGCCAAGCAACAGCUGCAGCAGCUCUCGGAGCUGCACUGGGCUGUGAGGUGCAACGAUGAAGGGGCGUUAAGAUAUCUUCUGAGGCAAGACAGGAACCUCGUGAAUGCUGCGGACUAUGACAAACGCACUCCGUUGCACAUCGCUGCUACACAUGAUUGCGUGUCUGUGGCCAAAGUCCUGAUUGCAGAAGGAGCAGCGGUGAAUGUCAUGGAUAGGUGGGGCAACUCGCCUAGAGGGGAGGCUGAGAGUGCAGGGUACUUGGAGAUGGUGAAGCUGCUUAAUGAUUGUGGGGCUGAAGCGCACGCCUUGAGUCCGCGAUACCACUCAGAAAGCUUGAUCCAGGUCGCCCCUCCCUUGCCAUCAAAUCUCGACUGGGAGAUUGAUCCGCGUGAAAUUGACAUGGACUCCAGCGAGCUUGUAGGCAAAGGAUCAUUCGGUGAAAUUCGGAAGGCGUUCUGGCGGGGCACUCCCGUGGCGGUGAAGACCAUCAGGCCUUCUCUUUCUAAUGACCAGAUGGUCGUGAAGGAUUUCCAACACGAGGUGCAACUGCUCGUCAUGGUCCGGCACCCUAACAUUGUUCAGUUCCUCGGCGCUGUCACGCGGCAGAAGCCACUCAUGCUGGUCACCGAGUACCUCGCAGGGGGCGAUCUCCACCAGUUGUUGAAGAAGAAGGAGAAUCUCACCCCCGACCGCAUUGUGAAAUACGCCCUCGACAUCGCGCGAGGGAUGUCCUACUUGCACAACAGGACCAACCCCAUUAUCCACCGCGACCUCAAGCCGAGGAACAUCAUCUUGACAGAAGACAAGGAGCUGAAGGUCGGGGACUUCGGAUUGAGCAAGCUGAUCAACGUGGAGCGCAUGCACGAUGUGUACAAAAUGACGGGGGAGACGGGGAGCUACAGGUACAUGGCGCCCGAGGUCUUCGAGCACAAGGUUUACGACAACUCCGUUGACGUGUUCUCCUUUGCAAUGAUGUUAUACGAGAUGUUCGAAGGGUUAGCUCCUUUCGACGAUAAGGAAGCGUAUGAGGCUGCAACACUAAUAGCCACAGAUGAAUGCCGGCCACCUAUGCGAGUAACCACGUAUCCUCCAGGUAUGGUGGACCUGAUCAGGAAGUGUUGGUCCUCGUACCAGCCCAGCCGGCCGCCGUUUGACAAAAUCGUCCAGCAGCUUGAAAGAAUGCUGGAGGAAAUCACGCUAGUGCCCAAGGACAGGCGCCACCUUCGCGACAUUCUGCACAUUCCACGACGCCCGUCGCAAUCUCAAGCGUAUAAUUUAUAACCUAUCCAUGGAGCUGUCCAGCCAAUUCUCGCCGCCGCGUAUUUGUGAUCUUCGUCGUCAAGCGUGUGCUCCCCACUCACAGCUCAAGUGAUUGGACAACUUCCUGCCUCGGAUCCAUGAUGAUGCAACUGCUCCUGCACUGAAUCACUGCCGAUGCUUCCCACAACAUCAUGGACCGCCGGAUCUCCUGUUUCAAGCCUGCGGUGCAUGGCUUUGCAGACCCCACAUCGCCGAGUGUCUAUAUCGAUGGCUGUUUUGUGGCAUUUUCGCCAUUAUCUUAACAAUCUUACAAUACCGAUGUGAAGUGUAACAUAAAAACUCCGGCUCUUCACUGUUGUCUGUGCUGCGGCUGCUGCUGCGUGAUGUUCGCUUUGGUGUGUGCAACAAAUGUGUUGGGCAAACAUUUGUUGACCUCAAGCCCUAAAAGCUUAAACCCUAAACCUGGUCCCAAACGGUAAAGCUUGAGGAGCUUCAAAGUUCCCAGACAACGCCAACAUCGUUUUUGUGUUGGUUUUGACCAUCUGCAUGUUUGUGGGCAUUUCUAAGGUUUUGAUGAGCUUCAGAUUAGUUUUUUGAUGGGUUCUUUUUGUGAAUCUUUGUUUCAUCCCAGAAGCCACUUGUAGGUGGGUGGGUGUGUGGUUUUAAAAUGUACUUUUGAAUGUUGUUUAUAAGGUCACAGUUGUUGAAGGUGUAA